UAUUAUGUUACGACCGAGAUAAGAUAAGAUUCGCGUUUUUAUAUAUUCAGAGAGUCCGUCCCGGCUUAUUAGUCGAUAUCGAGCGCGUUACGAUGCCUAGCAUUAACGAAAUCGUUACGAACGAGAAGCCGUCGAUGAUGGUGAAGGCGACGAAUGUCUUCAAGCAGGUCAAUCACGUGUCGCGCGACAAACGCGGGUCGAUUUUGGGCCGUUUUCGUGGCUGCACGAUUUGGUUCACCGGGCUGUCGGGCGCCGGGAAGACCACCCUCGCGUUCGAGCUGGAGGCGUUCCUGGUUUCGCACGGGAUCACCGCGUACAGCUUGGACGGGGAUAAUGUACGUACGGGGCUGAACAAGAACUUGGGGUUUUCCAAGGAGGAUCGCGAGGAGAAUAUUCGGCGCGUCGGGGAGGUGGCCAGGUUGUUCGCGGACGCUGGCCAGGUGUGCUUGUGCAGUUUCAUCUCGCCCUUCCAAAGGGAUCGGGAGGUUGUCAGGAGUAUACAUGUCGAGAAUAACUUGCCGUUCUACGAGGUGUUUGUCGAUACCCCGCUGGAGGUGUGCGAAAAGCGCGACGUUAAGGGGCUGUAUGAGAAAGCGCGGAAAGGGUCGAUUAAGGGGUUUACUGGGAUAGACCAGCCGUACGAGGUUCCUCAACAUCCGGAUCUUGUCGUACGGACGGACUGUUCCAUUGUGGAAAGUGCCCAACAGGUGAUUGCCUUGCUUCAAACGGGGGGGAUUAUACCAUUACAUUUGAGGGCAGUUCAGGAACUUAGUGAGCUUUUUGUUGAGAGCGAGUUGCUCGAUGCCGCGAAAGAGGAGGCCGGUACAAUUCCGUCUUUGGAGAUAGGGGAGGUGGACCUGCAGUGGGUGCAAGUGCUGAGUGAAGGAUGGGCGACUCCGUUGAAGGGGUUUAUGCGCGAAGACCAAUUCUUGCAGUGUUUGCAUUUUAAUGUCAUGCUGUCAGAGAAUAAUUAUCUCAACCAAAGUAUUCCAAUAGUCUUAGCGGUCGACACCGAGGACAAGGAGCGCCUUACGGGCGCGCCCUCAAUCGCCUUGGUUCACAACGGGACCUGUUACGCCAUCAUGCGCCAGCCAGAGUUCUACUAUCAUCGUAAGGAAGAGCGAAUAUGCCGACAGUUUGGGAUCAACAACCAAAAUCACCCUUACAUCAAAAUGAUAUACGAGUCAGGAGAUUGGUUGGUGGGAGGAGAGCUGGAGGUGCUCGAACGUGUCCGUUGGAAAGACGGCCUGGACGAGUAUCGCCUAACCCCUCGCGAGCUGCGAAAGACAUUUGAGAAACUGGAAGCGGACGCCGUUUUCGCCUUCCAACUCAGGAACCCGAUCCACAACGGACACGCCCUUCUAAUGACCGAUACGGAGCAGCGCCUCAAAGACCGCGGAUACAAACGGCCCGUACUCCUCCUCCACCCGCUCGGCGGCUGGACAAAGGACGACGACGUCCCACUCGCCACCAGAAUUCUCCAACACCAAGCGAUCCUCGACGACGGUGUCCUAAACAAGCACUCGACAGUCCUGGCCAUCUUCCCCAGCGCGAUGAUGUACGCCGGCCCGACCGAAGUCCAAUGGCACGCGAAAGCCCGAAUGAACGCCGGCGCCAACUUCUACAUCGUCGGCCGCGAUCCGGCCGGCGUUCCGCACCCCCUCGGCAAGGCCGGCUCGCCCGACGGCAACCUCUACGACGUCACCCACGGCGCUCGCGUCCUCAAAGUCGCACCCGGCCUCAACGCCGUCGAAAUCCUCCCCUUCAAAGUCGCCGCGUACGACACCGAAAACAAGAGGAUGGCGUUCUUCGACCCCGCGCGCCAGGACAAAUUCGACUUCAUCUCCGGCACGAGAAUGCGGACGCUGGCGAGAAACGGCGAGGAUCCGCCCGAGGGUUUCAUGAGUCAGAACGCAUGGAAAGUGCUGGCCAAUUACUAUCAGUCAUUAGCGAAUAAAUUAUGAAUUGGAACAUUGACCCCUGAAGUGCGAACGACGUGUUUGCGCUUUAUUAUCGGUUGACACAAUUUAUUUUUCCGUUUUCCUGAUAGUCUAAUUAAGAAAUAAUUGUAAUUACAAGUAUUAGCAUAGUGCAAAGUAAUGGUGGCGUAAUUGGUUCACCGCGAACCUAAUAUAUCUGCGGUUUUACUUCAAAAACAUGUUGGUGUAGUGUA